AUGAAACCACCCAUCUUCCCCAUCCUCCUCCUCCUCGCAAUUCCCGGCUUCUGCGCUCCCGAGCCCACCCUAACCGAGCCAUCCUCACUAACACCCUCCGAAGCCACCUCCCUCCCCAACCACGACCCAGGCAUCAACCUCAAUCUCAAUCUCAACCUGAACCUCAAGCGCUCCCUCGCAACCCUCUCCCCGUCACCCCACUCAAUCAGCACACAGAUCCCGCCCAGCGCCCUUGCCGAGCUGCUCGUCCCCGCGCACCGCAGCGCGUAG